AUGAAAACCUUUCUACUUUUAGCAAUUCUUGUGGUGGGUGUUCUUCUUUCUCUUUCUCCUGGUGUCUAUGGCUACACGAAGUCCGAGAUCACGUCGUGGUGCAACCAAACGCCCCAUCCGGAACCCUGUGAGCAGUUCUUGAGCCCUAACUCGAACUAUGGUCCCAUCAAACAGAAACCCGAUUUCGUGAAAGCUUUACUGAAAGUCACGUUAGAACGUGCAAAACAUGCAGGGUCGCACACGCUGACGCUCGGCCCAAAAUGCCGUAACGAGCGUGAGAAGGCUGCAUGGUCCGAUUGUUUGGAGCUGUAUGAAAACACUAUUGAUAGGAUCAGCAAAACCGUUGAUCCCACCAAGUGUAGCCAGGUUGACAUGCAAACCUGGCUUAGUUCAGCCCUCACGAAUAUCGAGACGUGUAGGGCUGGGUUUGAGGAGUUGGGUGUUAGCGACUACAUAUGGCCACUGAUGAACAAUAACGUUUCAUCUUUGAUUAGCAAUACGUUAGCAAUGAAUAAAGCACAAAAUUCAUCGUAUAGCGUCCCAAAGGAUAAAAAAUCAGGGUUUCCUGCUUGGGUGAAGCCAGGUGACCGGAAACUACUGCAAUCAUCGUCACCUCAAGCAAACAUAGUGGUGGCUCAGGAUGGCUCAGGUAACUACAAGACCAUUGGGGCCGCCAUAGCUGCGGCCGCAAAGAGGUCAGGGAGCGGGAGGUACGUGAUACGUGUGAAGGCAGGUGUUUACAAGGAAAACAUCGAAAUCGGUUCAAAAUUAAAGAACAUAAUGCUACUAGGAGAUGGCAUUGGGAAAACUAUUAUCACUGGUAGCAAAAGUGUUGGAGGAGGCACCACCACCUUCAAAUCAGCCACUCUUGCGGUGGUUGGAGACGGAUUUAUCGGCCGUGGCAUCACCGUUAGAAACACCGCGGGCCCACAAAACCACCAGGCCGUGGCGGUCCGUAGCGGCUCCGAUCUGUCGGUAUUCUACCAAUGCAGCUUCGAAGGGUACCAAGACACAUUAUACGUCCACUCCGAUCGACAAUUUUACCGAGAAUGCGAUGUUUACGGGACCGUCGAUUUCAUUUUCGGCAACGCUGCCGUGGUUUUCCAAAACUGCAACAUUUACGCCCGUAAACCGCCAAACAAGACCAACACGUUGACCGCUCAGGGGCGCACCGACCCAAACCAGAACACCGGAAUUUCAAUCCACAACUGCCGUGUCACAGCGGCCUCCGACCUAAAAGGUGUCACCGGCGUUAAAACGUACCUCGGGAGACCAUGGAAGCAAUACUCGAGAACGGUUUUCCUUAAAACGAGCCUCGAUAGUUUGAUCGAUCCCGCCGGAUGGAUGCCCUGGAGCGGCAAUUUCGCGUUAAGUACGUUGUAUUACGGCGAGUAUAUGAACACCGGUGGUGGUUCAUCAACGGCGAAAAGGGUUAAUUGGAAAGGUUACCAUGUGAUCACUAGUAGCAUCGAGGCGGCGAAGUUCACCGUCGGGAACUUUAUCUCCGGCGGCUCGUGGUUGCCGGCAACCAAUGUGCCAUUCACUUCUGGUCUGUAAUUCAAAUGUUCAUAUGUUGUAAUUUAU